AGGAGCCCUGGCCACAAUUGCCGCCUGGUUUGGCAGCUCGGAGCCCGAGCGGAUGAGCCCAAAAUAGACCUGGCCGAAGCCUGCCGGGGCCCUCCCGGCCUGUGGUCGGAGCAAGGGACAGGGGGGCAGGAUAAGGGGGGGAAUGCGGCCCUUUCCCCGGGGCUCUCGGCAGGGUAUAAAUGGCAGCGGAGAAGCAGGGACAGCAUCGAAGCAGCAGCUGAGAGAAGAGAGAGCCAAGACCCGCUGGCAUCAUGAGGACCCUGACGCUCGUGACCCUGCUGGCCCUGGCCACCCUGUGCCUCUGCCGGAAAGACUCCCAUUCAACCAGCGCCAACGAGUCCCCCAGCUCCGAAGCCUUCGUGUCCAAACGCGACAGUGCCGUGCUGAUGCGGAGACAGAAGCGGAACUACGUUUUCGACAGCAGCUAUUACGGCGUCGUGAGAGACCCCCUCGAGGGCAAGCGUGAGGUCUGCGAGCUCAACCCCGCCUGCGACGAGCUGGCCGACCACAUCGGCUUCCACGAGGCCUACCGGAGAUUUUACGGCCCCGUCUAGAGCCGUGGGGGAGAGGAGACGGGGGAGACCAGGCCCGCCUGUCCGUCCGUCUGUCGCAGUCCGCAUCCAAUGCAUGCGCUCGCUGCUUUCAAAGCCCCCGGUGCCAAACCCUGCUUGUAUGGACGCCGCUUGCUCUGCUUGUCCUGCCCCGUGCCAGCGCUGUACAGAGGUUUCAAAGAACAAUAAACUCCAGGGCACAGA